CCUGUGACGUCACCUCCGCUGCCCAGAGUCUCUUCCCACGGCCUCGGCAAGCAUCGCCGCGUCCCGGACCCACGCUCCAGAGGUCGCGAGGGCCCGCGGCGGUGCGCUGCCCGGACGGCGGUGUCGACGCCGCCGCUCCGCGGGGCCGAGAAGGGACGCGCGGGUCGCGACCCCCUACCUGGCCGCCCCGCGGAGAAAUCCUGCUGCCCCUUCCCGACUCGCACUGCAGCAGCCGCAGCGAACCCAGGUCCCCGUUCUUCUCCCAGGCGUCCCUGCCCUCUGACGCACGCCAGGCCCGCAGACUCCGCCUUCCCACACGCGGCCACUCUAGCCUCCGGAGGGCGGCUCUUCUCGGUGGUCUUAACCCUUUCCUUCCAAGCGCCGCGCUGCGUUCCCAGGGCUGAGGCGAGCAGGCGGCGCACCGGCGAGCGGACGGUGGGACCCGCUCCGGAGAAAGAACGCGCACGCCCCAUCUCGUCCGUAUCAGAAUGGCGGGUGGACAGUCUGCGUGUGGCGUAUUUCUCUUUCUCUAGCCGGGGCCCGGCGUUUGGAAGCGGAGAAAUAGGACUGAAACUUCCUGUGGGCAUCAUUAAGCAGCGGGGUGUGAUCGGGCUCGAAUCAGUGUUCAACAGGUUCGGAAAUAACCUGUUUCCUCGGCAUCGCCUCCCCCUCCGCCUCAUCUCCCACCCCACAAUAUGAGACAAAAUCACUGAAGUGAUUUCAAGGAAGGCGACAUUUCCCAAAUGGAAACGUCAGAGAAAGUCUUCCCAGGAUGCGUGAGAGCCAGAGGGAUCGGGAUGUGACUUAGGAGCAGGCAGGCUCUUAGUAGGCUCUGUGAUUCCUGCAUUCGCAUGCAAGUAUUUGGACCAUUUCCACCAAAUCACUAUGCGAGCUGCAGUGUGUGGUGUUCAGAGAAGGAGGGCAUCCUUGGUCGUCCAGUUGGCUGCAGUGCAGCCGAUCCUGGGGAGUAGACCUCGGCGGGAUCAGGAAUUUGGUGUCAUGAUAGGCUGACAGAUUUCCACUGGCAUUUCCCUUGCGGUUUCCCUAGAUUCACACAGCCCUAAGGGGUGUGUUGCAUUUGUGUGUUGACCUGUGUGUGUCAGGGUUGUGUUAGUUUUGUCCAAGAAGGGCGAGUGAGUGGCCUUGCUUGACUGAGCCUCUUGGGAUACCAGCAACAGAGAGAAAGGCCAGAGAGCAAGCAGUUCUCUAUUUUCAGGAGCAGAAUCUCAACAGCUCCCCGUCAAAGGGGGCAGUGUCUCUUAGCCUGGACCAUCUUGGCAUCUGAGAAAAUGUUUUGUGAAUUAUUUUUGUAGAGAGGCGCUGGUCAUGCUCUUUGCAGUCGGAUGUCCAUUACUUUGGAAAUCAGACUUGGGAUUAGGUGAAUAGCUGAGUUAAAACUAAGUCCCGGACCCCUUUUGUUGACCUGGCGUGUGGGUGGAAGAUAAACUAAAGAUAAAUGUUCUGUUCUGGGCCGGGCAACCGUGGGUUGCAAGGAAAAUGUAUGUUCUUAAAGUAAUGAUCCCGUGCUAACACCCCAUCUAUAUUCGAUAUUUAUCAGAUUAUGAGAAUUUAAAGGUAAGGAGAGCCACGGGUAAGUAUAAGAUGGCGGAUGGGAACUAAAACAGGCGACAAGAGUGAGAGGAGGGAUUGGUGUGAUGGAAGGUACAGAGAUAUUUGUAUUUUAACAGACCUAGCGGAGAAAUGGUCAGCAUCACAACCUAGCUGCGUGACCUUGAGUGACUGGCUGAACCUUUCUGAUCCUCAGUUACCUCAUCUGCAAGUGAGAGGUGUAGAUCUCACUCAGGACACCAUCGGCAGCUUUGACGAUGUGAACCUAGCGAUCAGUGAGUGACCCGGGUGACCAGCAGAGCCUCUGAGAAGACUGUCCCCGCCCUUCCUGAUAGAGGAGAAUAGAACUGAUCUGUGCAGGUGACAAAGAUACAGAACAGCAGCGUGGCACUGCAUGUCUGGAACUCAGGCUCCUUUUUCCCUGGCGUUGUAUAAGUCUGGUGUGUUCUGGCCACACGCUUUCCUCGCCACCUCUUAGCUAUUCGAAAACCUCCAGCUUCACCUUCCCGGCUAGACCCCCGGGCUGGGCAGAGCUUCUAGCUCUGACUCGACCCCCAUGGAUCCACUCCAGAAAUGGAACCCAGCAUUGGUUUCUGGAUCUUCCCAGGUGACCACUGGGGAGAACUCGCAGGAGGGCGCGGCAGCCUCUCAGCCUUCUUCCUCAGAACAGCUAAUUAUGGGCCUCAGUGGCCUGAACCCCAGUCCUGGCUCUGGCCUCCCUGCCCCUCUGCCAGAGGGGCUGUUCCAACAGCAGUACAGGGAGGAGAAGACCCUGCGGGAGCGGCGCUGGGAGCGGCUGGGCUUCCCUCAGAGGAAGAAAGCAUUCCUGGGUCACCUGAGACGCAGGCACCGUGAUCACAUGGCACCUUACCCCGUGGAAAGGGAGACCCGAGUCUACCCCACAGGCGACAGAGCUCAGAAUCGGUUCCGAUGUGAAUGUCGCUACUGCCAGGGCCACAGGCCGAGUAUUUCUGGGAUCUCUGGCGAGAGGAACGGGGCCCCCAACCCUUCCUCCUGGGAAACGCUAGUGCAGGGCCUCAGCGGCUUGACCCUCAGCCUGGGCACCAACCGGUCUGGCCUUCUGCCAGAAGGGGCACAGCAGCAGCAGCAGGAGCAAGAGGAGAAGUGCCAACUGGAGAAGCAGCAGGAAAGCAAGAGAAUGUUUCAGAGGCUGCUCAAGCAGUGGUUGGAAGAAAACUGAGAGCCCCCUGCCCCCUUUCAUGGGGCGGAGACCUGAAGGGAUUCAGACAGUGCUAUGUUGCUAGCUCCUGGGGGUGGGCUCCUUUUGGGGACCAAACAGUCAGCUGUUGUCGCAGGAGUCCCAAGACUAGUUUUAUGACUGGAAUCCCGCUGGCAUGAGAUUUGACCCACUCCCAGGGAGGUCCUCAUCUUCCUGCCUGUCAUCUGUGAAGCGCUGUGAGGCAUCUUGGGGCAAGGGAGACUGCACGCCAGUGGACCUCACCUCAUCCCAAAUGGCUCCCAUGCCGCAUGUUGUCGCUUUCCCAGCCUGGAUCUGCGUCUUUGCUCCCUUCCUUGUUGUCAGUAAGAUAUAAGAUGUCUAUGUAGUGUGAAUGCCUUGUUCAUGUCCUUGUGCUUUUGUGCCAUUUUAUCGACUGCCUCCCAGGAGCAGUGCUAGGGCUGUUUGAAAUGGCGGUGCGCAACACUGAGAUCCAGGUUCAAGAAUCUCCAGCUAAACAAAGUGUGGGAAAUGGGUGCGGAAUUGGAACUUGGUGGUUAACCAUUGUACUGUCUGUGUAAACUAUUAUGAAUAUGAUAAGCUAACUGUAAGUAACUGUUUCCCUGCUUCUUAACAAUUGAGUAGUAUUCUCCUGCGCAGGACUUUCUGAUGGGGUACCUCAUCGUCAAUACCAAAUAAACACAUGUAUGAAAGGAAAGUAACUUUAGGAUUCGGGUUUGUUGAUCGAUAGUGGUUUGUUUCUUGUCAGACCUUGACAUCCCCGACCAGUGGACCAGAGCGCGUCAAGAGGAGCUCUGCCUGUGGAGAUUCGGAACAGGGGAGAAGCGGGGCUCGAGAAACCUGUCCGGUCAUUGUUUGUUUGAGGUGC